AUGACAUAUUGUGAUAGAUAAAAAAUGUUCCAAUCAUGUUUUUGGAUUUCUCUAUUAUUUACUCUAUAAAAAUGUGAAGUCCCAAAUAAUAAUUCCAGAUAAUUAAGUAAACCCAAGAUUAUGAGUAUUCAGGCUACUAAAUUAACUAUCCCUACACAUUCCAAAGAUAUUCAUAUGGAUAUUGAACAGGAAGAAUGUCAAUUCAUUAAUGAGCCCAUACUACAAACUAGAUGUAACUAAUUGGGAAUGUUAAAUCAGAAAGAGCAUUCUCGAACAACAGAAAAUAAUUUCACAUUUGAGCCAUUUGAACAAUCAUCACUAAUUCAAGUCUCUUCUGAUCAUAUAUAACAACAAUUAUCAAUGAUGGAGGAAUGUUUUACAUUGUUACUUGAAAGUACAAUUCCCGAUGAAAUUCUUUGUAGGGAUCAAGAAAAGAUUCUUAUUACAAGAUUUAUUGAGGAUGGAAUCAAAAAUAAUGGAUAAAAAUAGGCAUUAUGUAUAUUUAAACCAUUAAUAAAAUAGAUAUAUCAGGAGUCCCAGGAAUUGGUAAAACUGCCACAGUUUUAGAAGUCAAAAAUAAAUUGCACUUCAAAAAAUUAGAUUUCGAUUUCAUUUAUUUCAAUGCCAUGAAUAUAAGAGCUCCAGAAGACAUCUAUCCAUUUCUUUAUGAAAAGAUAACCAAUAAAAAGGAGAGUUCCAAAAUAAAGUCUUGCAUUCUUUUAAGUUUUUGAUUUUCAUAAUAUUUUUAAGCUGAACUCUUUAACAGUGAAUAUGAUUGUAUACAAAAGAACAUAGUUAUUUUAUUAGAUGAAUGUGAUAAUCUCUAUACUACAGAUCAAUAAGUUCUAUACAAUUUGGUAGAUUGGCCUCAAUAACCUAAUGCACAUUUAAUCAUUAUUAUGAUAGCAAAUACAAUGGAUUUCCCUGAGAAACUUAAACCUAAAUUAUAAUCCAGAUUAGGAAAUCAUCGCAUAGUGUUUAGACCUUAUAAUAGCACAUAAAUAGAAAAUAUAUUAUAAUAGAGAAUGAAAACAUAAAAACUUAAAUAAUUAUUUGCUUCUAACACUUUAAACUAUUUAGGUAAAAAGAUAGCCACAAUUUCAACUGACAUUCGCAAAACUUUAAGUAUAUGUAGAACAGCUAUAGUUUUGGGUAGAGAGUAAUUAUUAAGGAAACGUCAAUUUUCUUAAAUAGAGGUAGAUCAUAUAAAAUUAGCUUAUGAUAUCAUUUAUAAUAAACCUUAACAUAAUGCUUUGUAAUACUUUAAUGUUGACUUGAAAUUACUUAUAAUAAUGAUUGCCAUAGAAAUUCAUAUUAAAGGAUAAAAUUAUGCAUACUUUCAUCAAGUUGUUCAAAGAAUGAAGUAAUAAUAAUCAUUACAUAACAUAAAAGUUUUGAGUUAUUAUUAAAUGAAAUAAGCUUUAAUAAAAUUAUCACAAUUAAACUUAAUAGAAAUUAAAGAGGAAUAGAUUUUAUUAACAAAAACUAAUUGGUAAUUAAAAUUAUAAGUAUGCAUUUUAUUAUUUAUUAUUAUAGAAUAGUUUAGAUUAAGACAGAUUAUUUAAUUUGGAAGACAUUCUUAUAUUAUUAAAAAUAAAUAUUGAUGAUAUUAAAAAUGCACUAUCAAAAGAUGAUCUUUUCAAAGAAUUUUCAAAUUUAUUUUGA